AUGGUCAGCGGCACUGUAUUCAACCCGAAUUUCCAAAAAAACGGAGAAAAUCUGUUGGAUUCUGAAAAAUCGGGAGUUCGUGAGGAGUUUUUGAGAGAUUUCUCUUACCAACCGAGACCAACACCGAAAUCCAAGUCGAUCUUCACCUACAUAUGUCUCACUGUACUCGGCAUACUGUCACUGGUCAUUAUUUAUUUUAUUUUUUCGUUUAUUUACAACCAAUUCGUUAAUGAGAGUAAGAAAUUAGCGGCAAUUCAAAAAUUUCGAGAUGAGAUGCCAGGAGUCGAAUUUUCUGAAAAUCGAUACACUCAAAAUGAGCCAAUAUUGAUGGAUCUGAAAUUCUUGAAUUUAUCUUUCUCCUCUUCAAAUCUCGAACAUUCCGAUAGACUACAAAGACUACAAACCCGUCCGGCGGCCAAGGACUGGAGAAAUUAUGGAAAAGUGAUGUCUGUGAAGAAUCAGGGUAAUUGUGGAUCGUGUUGGGCGUUUGCUACAGUAGCCGCCGUCGAAUCACAGUAUGCAAUUCGAAAAGGGACACUUUGGUCACUUUCUGAACAAGAAUUGGUGGAUUGUGAUGGGCGGAGCUUUGGAUGUGGAGGAGGGUACUUGGAUACGGCGUUGGCAUUCAUCAUUGCCAAUGGUUUGGAAACAGAAGCCGACUACCCGUAUUCGGGUGUUCAGCACAAUCAAUGCCAAAUUAGAGGAGAUAAGACACGUGUUCGAGUUGACAAAGGGUACCUGCUGCCAGCAGAUGAGAAUUACAUUGCGGAUUGGGUUGCCAGUGUGGGUCCGGUCGCUUUUGCUAUGCCUGUCCCCCAAUCGAUAUUAUACUACAAGUCGGGAAUCUACAACCCAUCGCCAGCUGACUGCAACCGUCCCAUCGGUGGUCACGCGAUAACCAUCAUUGGUUACGGUAUCGACAAUGGGAAACCGUUUUGGACGGUUAAGAACUCGUGGGGACCAAAUUGGGGAGAGAAUGGAUACAUGCGAAUGGCGAGAGGGAAUAACGUGUGUGGAUUCAAGAACAAGGUCGUCGCACCGGUUAUUAAUUGA